AUGAAAGAAAAAAAGUUACUCAAUCUUACGCCUUGCCCAAUACGAUUUGUAAAAAAGGGAAAUCUGUAUCAUUGUCAAGUAUAUGAAUCAACAUCUAUCAAUUUUAAUCAAAUGCUUUCAUCUCCUGCUUUUGCUUACAUAGGAGCGUACAGCUUAGAUGGAUAUUCCAUUAUGCAACAGAGUAACAUGAUUUCUAGAGCACAAGCCAAAUAA